AUGACUGGAACGGAGCUCCAUUAUUGGGAGCAUUAUGUAUCUGUUCGUAACAUUCAAGUGAGUGCUCCUUUCCCUGGCACAUGCCCAACUUACAUCCUACAUAUGAGUUCCACAGAGAAAGAAUUAGCCAGCAUACGGAUCAAGUUCCCUGGCUCCUCAGUCAUAACUGAGAUAGUGGAUGUAUUGAGGGAUCAACAAGCCAUCAGGGAAAACAUCAAGGAGAGCAGUUUGUGUGUUUGCCUCCUACCAAAUGAUUUUACAGCUGGCAUUGCCAAGAUGUGCAUAGAUGAAGCCAAACACUUUAUCUCUGCUAGCUACAUGGAACCAGACAUAAAAGCCUUGGACCAUCUGGCAAAAGCAAAGAAGCUUGUGAUUAUGAAUGAGGUGGGACUGGACCCUGGUCUUGAUCACAUCCUUGCACUGAAGACAAUCAUGAAAGCAAGAGAAGAAGGAUGUGAAGUAGAGGAAUUCAUUUCAUACUGUGGUGGGAUUCCUGCUGUUUCAUCUCUGGCACCUGGGAAUCAUCUCAGGUACAAGUUCUCCUGGAAUCCAAAAGCUGCCUUAUACAACACAAGACGCCCAGCUACAUUUCAGCGUGAUGGAGAUAUAAUAGAAGUGCCAGAAGGAGGGGCUCUUAUGGAUCAUGCUGAGCCAUUUCACUUAGCUGGCCUGAAUUUGGAAGUUUUUCCAAACAGAAACAGCUUGGUGUACAAAAAGGAAUAUGGUCUUUCGUCAGAUACCCGCACCCUCAUCAGGGGAACUCUCAGAUAUUGUGGUUUUUCCAAGGGCAUGAAGGCUCUCCAACAUAUUGGGCUCUUCAACCUCUCAACACCAAAAGAAAUUAUUUCUACUCAAAUCACAUGGAGAAGAUACAUGUGUCUCCUCCAUGACCUACCAGUUGAAACAACCCAGGAAGCUCUGGAAUCACAUCUGUUAACAAUGCUUUCUGGAGAUUCCAAUCAGUUGGAGGUGGUUCAUUCUCUGGGACUCACAUCUGAUGCCUCAGUUGUACCUGGACUCACUGCACUGGAUACUUUGGCUGCACAUCUUGAAAACCACUUGGCAUAUGAAGAGGGAGAAAGGGACAUGGUGGUCCUUUACAUUGAAGCCAGAGGCAAAGGGAGGAAAUUCCAAUCCCAUCUGAUUGCUGAAGGUGAUUCCAAAUGGACAGCCAUGGCCAAGACAGUUGGCAUCUCUGUUGCCAUUGCAUCUGGACUUAUCCUGGAAGGGAAGGUCCAGGAAAGAGGAGUCAUCAGACCCAUCGCAGAUGAUGUUACUCAACCCAUUUUGGAAGCUCUGAAAUCUGAGGGAAUCACCGUAACAUCCAGUGAAGAAUAAUCCUUUUCAUUGUUUUUCUUUUAACAAAAUCCAUUUUAUUUCCAUACUUUUCAUCCAUAAAACUAGUGUUAAAAGAGCUUCAUAGCAGACUAUCAAUCAAACUCAAAC